AAAGCCCAGAAGAAAAAUAAGAUGUAUCUGAAACACUCUGUUUGUGUUGUUUUUCUACAGAUUGUGGCAUAUUGCAUGUCCCUGCCUUUACCUAGUGGAGAAAAUGAAAUAGAUAAUGCUGAUAGAAUCUUUGCAGAGAACUACCUGAACGUUUUAUACAGUCUGCCAUCCGAGAAGAACAGAAAGAAAAGAAAUGUGGAAACUGUAGAAACCAAACUGAGAGAAAUGCAGUCUUUCUUUGGCCUCACUGUGACAGGACAGCUGAAUUCUGAAACACUGGCAAUCAUGAAACUACCCAGAUGUGGGAUACCAGAUAUGGCUGGAUAUAAUCUGUUUCCUAACAAUCUCAAAUGGCCUACAAAUAAUGUGACAUACAGAAUUGAGAACUAUAGCCCAGACUUACCACCUGUUGAUGUGGAUCGAGCUAUAAAGAAAGCUCUGAAAGUUUGGAGUGAUGUAACACCAUUGAAGUUCACCCGAAUUUAUUCUGGCACUGCAGAUAUCAUGAUCUCUUUUGGAAGUGGAGAACAUGGUGAUAAAUAUCCUUUUGAUGGACCCGAUGGAUUGUUAGCACAUGCUUUUCCACCAGGCCAAAAUCUGGGAGGUGACACACACUUUGAUGAAGAUGAGACUUGGACAACAAACUCCAAAGGUUACAACUUGUUCAAUGUUGCUGCUCAUGAAUUUGGCCAUGCUCUGGGACUACAGCAUUCUCAGGAUGUUGGAGCACUUAUGUACCCCGUCUAUUCUUAUGUCAAUCCCAAGGAAUUUCAACUUUCAGAUGAUGAUGUAAAAGGGAUUCAAGUCCUUUAUGGCCCUUCAACCUCAGAUGAUUCAGAACAUCCCAAAACCCCAGAUUCAUGUGAUCAGAGUUUGACAUUUGAUGCUAUUACAGAGUUUCGUGGAGAAAAGAUAAUUUUCAAAGACAGAUUCUUCUGGCGUCAUCAUCCACAGAUGACAGACAUAGAACUGUCAUUGAUUAAGUCCUAUUGGCCAGAUCUUCCCAAAAAAGUUGAUGCUGCUUAUGAAUCUUCAUCAAAGGAUCGUGUCUAUAUUUUCAAAGGAAGAAAGUUUUGGGAGCUUAAUGGUUAUGAUAUAACUGAAGGCCACCCCCGAAGCAUCUUCAGGUUUGGAUUUCCUAAAUCAGUAAAGAGAAUCGAUGCUGUUCUACAUGACUCAGACACUAAGAAGACACUAUUUUUUGUUGGAGAAAAGUAUUGGAGCUAUGAUGAAUUGAAUGGAGUUAUGGAUAAAGGACACCCGAAAUAUAUAGACGAACGUUUUCCAUCAGUUGGGGGUAACCUGGAUGCAGCCUACAAAGAAAAUGGUUAUAUAUAUUUCUUCCGUGGAACACUAAUGUUUCAAUAUAGUGAUGUCAGCAAACGUAUUCUUAGUGUCUCAAGAGCAAACUCCAUCUUGGGAUGUUAAUUGCAAAUUGCUAUGAUCUUAAAUGGGUUGAUUUCCAUGGAACAAAAUCAAAACAAGAGGCCAUAGUAAAGCAAAAAGGUAUAUAAACAGAUGCAAACUUGGAAAUAGCCAAGCAAAAAUGAUGUGAUCAAGGUGUAACAUGGCUACAAGAUUCUUCAUCAACCCAAUGACGCAUGCAACAUGGAAUAUAAUUAGAACAUUCAAGGAUAAAGAAAUAUAGACUGUCAGCUGACCUAUUGUGAAGGCGGACAUUGUCAGCAAUUCAGUACCACAAAAUAUACAUUUAGUAUUUAUUAAGCAUUGUGACAUCAGCUGAAUUUAACUGUUUUACUGGGUUAUAAAUACAUUGUACAAAGUUGAAGUUAAACUUACAUAAAGUCUUCUCAGUUUCGAAAGUGGGGGAAUGCUAGAACAUUUACUGUCUUGAAACAGGACUCUCAUUUUUAUUUGGCACAAAAAAGCUUCUUCAUAGUUUGCUUGGGUAUAUUUAUAUAUCUGAAUAUGAAUGUCAUGCCUAAAACAAAUAGAAUCAAACUAAAAAAAAAAACAGAAAGAAUGAAAGAGGGGAGACAGAUGAAGACAGAACUAACAACAAAAAGGAUAGACUUUAUAUAACUUGCUUAUAUUUAUAUAUUAGAAUAUGAGUUGUUGCUGUGCAAGAGUGUGUUUGUGUGUUUGCAUGUGAUACAUGUGCUUGUGAGGUGCACCUUUGGAUGUUUGUGCCUUUAUAUUUAAUUUAAUUGAUACAUAACAAAAAUAAUUGCUGUUUAUUUGUAAAACUCUGGUCUGGCACUAGAACACGUAAUUUGCUGUCUUGCACAGCCAUCAGUCUGGCACUGAUAUAAAUUAUGUCUGAAAUCUGUACACUGAAUUAGGGCAUAAUAAUGCUUAUAGCAAUAACAUGUGACAAAAAACAUACAGAAAUGAUGUUACUUCAGUUCCACACAUGUUAGUAGGAUAUUCAUUACAGGGAAGUGGGUGGAGAUUCCUGUGAUUUUAAAAGGGCUUCCCUGCGCCUUAUUGAGUUCCACUGGACAUGGUUCCCUCUGUUCAAGUUCAGUGCAGCAGGUUUGAACUCCCAAAUGUCUUUUUUUCCAUAAGAAAUAACUUCUUGUACAGUUACUAAGUAAGUCUAGACUGUCUAUGAUUCCUUUAUUUUUGUGAAUUUCUCCUUUCCUUAAGUUUGUGUGGCCAUUGAGUUCGUAUGUAUGUAUGCAUGUAUGUAUGUAACUUUGGGGAGUCUGAUGGGUUUGCCCCCAAAGGCAUCAGGAAGACCUUCCCCCCUGCAAAAAUGCUUACUUUUAAAUUUUUCUUUGGGUUAAGCUCAGUCCUUAUUGAGUUGGACCACAGGGAUUCACAGAUAUGGCUUUUAAAAAAAAUGUUUUUAACAUGUAAAAUAUAACACCAAGACCAUGUAUACCAUGAAGAGCAAACAUGAAUGCAGAAGUAUGUAAGUUUUCCUUAACUACUAAAUGAGUCAUAUAUUAGUUAUAGUCUGUAAUGCCUUGUAUAUAAGCAAACACAUUUUUGGCAACUUUCCGUAACAAAUCUUAUGCCCUUUCAUCCACUAAUAAAUCUGAUUUCAGUGCUAAAACAAUGCAUAUCUAAAAGUGUUGAUAAUUUUAUUCGCAAGUUGCAGCAUUACAAGGACAAUGCUUACUGACAGCAGCAGUUAGUAAAUUGUUUUUUCAAAAAUUGUGCUUAAACUUUAAAAAGCAAACACAUCCAUAUACCAGGAGAACAAAAGUUUUGGUAUAUCACAUCUACCUCUCUGUUGCAGAUAUCCUAGAUAAGCUGCCCCUCCCUAUCUCUUACAUAUAUCCCACCAAACUUUGUGUCUUUUUUGUAGAUCUAGAUCAUUCUGCUUCACUCCUUCUCUUCAUUUAUAUAUCAUCACCAUCACCUAGCCCCUGAAGAAAUCAUUAAAUCCAUAUCAUUUCUCCAACUUUUAGUCUCCUUUAAUAUGAACAUUCCCAGUGUUCCGAGUCCUUCCAUCUACCCAGCGACCCCAUUUGUAACCUACUUCACACUCUCAACCAAUAUAAUAUACCUCACCUGAUGAGGCCUUGAGGCCUGAAGCUAGGAUUACAGAUGAGACUUCACUAGCACCUUGCAUAACUGGAGGAUGAAAUCUGCCUCAGCAGAGUCCAGAUCCCUGGCUGCAUACCCCAUCACUGUGCUAACUCUUGAUGUUUCUACUUCAGAUUUCAUAACAACAUUCCAUUUUGAAAGUAAUAGUAGUAGUCAGACCACUGGACUUGUUGGAUAUAUCGUUGUAACAUGACAGCCUUCAAUUUCAUUCCUCCAAGUGGACAGCCAUAUACUUUUUCAUUCUGAAUCUCACUUUUUGCCCACAUUGUCAACUGCAUAAGAAUGUUAAGAAGCCAUCUUCCACUCCUUAACAAGUAAGAUAUUUAUAAUGUUAUCAGAGAAUCAAUUAACCUUAUUGUCUGGCCCCAUGAGUGACAUCUGACACAAAUAAUUAAAGUAGCUUUAGUGCAAGCACCAAGCUAUGUUUAAUAUUCCUGGUCACUGACUUCUUGUUCCAUAGUUCAUCUCUAACAGCUGUCCUCUACAUCUUAUCACCUAUCUAAUUUCACGUACUCCUCACCAGUUUGAAGUCUGAUAGCAUACCCUUCAGUUUUCACAGCAGCUUUCUGAUAAGCAUGGUAUCAUAGGCUGUGCUCAAUGCAGAAACACUGCAUCCACCAAUUUGGGGGACUUGGUAUCACCUGUUAUGAUAUUGUGUAACAUUAAAGUGAUAAGGGCUCUAGUGUAACAGUCAGUAUUACUGACCAUUUGCUAGACAAUUUGCAUUCAGUAACUCCAGCAGCAUACCUCAUGGAAUAUUAUAUUGUAGCUUUUCUCAGGAUAAAUCUAAUUUUGUCCAGGCAGUUAUUAUCUAGUUUCUUUCCAGAGCCUGUUUUAUGCAAUGGUCACUGUUUCCUUCAUACAGUUGUUUAACUCUGUUUAAUGGUUCAAGCAGCACAUCUGUCACGUUUGGUAGCACCUGACUUUGGACAACAUAUUUGAUCCCUAUGGCUUAGCAACGGACCCCUUGUCUGUCUAUCAAUGUACCAAUCUAUCCAUUCCUUAGUCACUUUCCUAGCUGUCCAGUUGUACUCAUUCAUGCAAUACUCUGCCCUGAAAUAACAUAAAGUACAAUCUCUUAAAUAUUAAAGUAGAACACUCAUUUAGGAUCUCAGCCUUGGUUUUUCUGUCUUCAAACUGACAUCCACUCCUUAAUCCAGUGUGAGACAAACAUUUCACGUGAUCCAUUCUGUUUAUAUAUCUGAAAUACACUACGUAGUGUGAUUUUGAAAUCAGCAAUGGAAUACAGGUGUUUAAAAAUUAGUGGUUAUAUUACAAUACCAUACACAUCUGAAAAGAUAUGCGAACAUGUUCCAGUUGCCUAUGUAAAUAAACUCAAAAUGAGAGAUCUGUUUUGCCACCAGCCAGUUACAUCACGUUUUAACAGUUUAAGAAUUGCACUGAAUUGUACUCUGCCUAAUAAAAUCUAUGAAGAAUUAUACAGCACUAAAAUCAGAACUAGGCAUCUGACUUUCUAGGAUAAAUAAUACAGAUGUGCUGAUACUGUAUUUCUCUGCAUAUAUGAACGUACAUAUUUGUAUUUUAUUAACUGAAUUUGUGUUACAUUUAUGAAAGAAGCAACCACAGUCUUCAUUUUGUUUUUCACAUCUUCUAAUUAUUUUUAUUUAUAUUUAUAUUUAUAAUAAGUAUAUGAUAAUUUAUUUUAUAAAUCUGCAUUUUUGAUGCAUAAAUGGUAUUUAGCAAAUAAAAACAUUAAACACAACUAAAAUAACAGCUAUUAAUGACAGAUAGAUAUCUGUUUUGUAUGUUCAGUUAAGUAUAGUGACAAAAUUGACCUGAAUCAAGGGAGAUACCAGAAGGAAUUUUAGCCAUGACGUAUUAGUUCAAGUUAACUUAAUGUGUUUACUAAUAGAUAUUUUUCCCACGGAGUGAGACUGGGGAGGUAUAACAGGACAUUUAAGUAAUAUUUCACUACUCUAAAGAAAGCACUAUUCCUGUACUGUUUAUUUUUACAGAAAAAUAAUUAAAAUGCACUUAUUCAUUUGAACUUACUGUGCUGUGUUUGCUUAUUUGUGUUUAAAUUAUUUGUAUAACAAUAUCAUGUCCGACCUAUCACAAUCAUCAUAAUCAUGGAUUAAUAGCAUUUAUUCUAAAAAAUGUAAAAUAAAGUUAAACCAGACUUUAGUGCUUUUAUUUCUCACAUUUUAUUCAUGUUCUACAGUUGCAUACAUUAAAUACAUAAUAUCUGUAUUUCUAUUAGUGUGCCUUCAUUUUGUGCUAAUAUUUUAGACAGUUAUGUCAGUACUGUACCACCACUUGUAAUAUAUAGUG